UGGCCCAAUGGCUCUUUCAAUUGUUUAAUGGUGUGUGUGGGAACUUGAACUUGCGCGUGCGCCGUCAUGAAAUUUCUUGGAAAUUAAGGUGAGGCAGCCUGCCGCCUGAAUAACUAAAUUUCAUAUUUUCGGUUUUGUGCGACAAAGGCAGGAAUAGGAUGGGUCAAGUGCAGAGCGAGGCGGCGGCAGCAGCAGAGCAGUUAUCCCCUGCAGUAACACCACAAUCGGAUUCUCACGCUGCUGCCGCUACUUCCUCCAUAAACUUGGACUCCCUUAUUGCUGAAGCUGCUGCAUAUGGCAAUGAUGAGAAUGAGUCUCUCGAGGCAAAGGCUCAGAAAGCUUUAGAAUGCCCUUGCAUAGCUGACUUACGAAAUGGUCAAUGUGGAUUUCAAUUUUCAGAGGCAUUCCUUUGCUUCCUCAAGAGUACGGCUGAGGAAAAGGGCUCAGACUGUGUGCACCCAUUCGUGGCUUUGCAGAAAUGUAUUAAAGCUUACCCCAAUGCCUUCUCCAAGGACAUUCUAGAAGAGGAUGAAGUCAAGAAAGAGGAAAAGCCAACGGAAGAGUACAAAAUCAGGCCUCCUCUAUGGGCCAAGAAGAAGUCCAAAACCUGAGCUUUUGCUUAGGAAUCAGAAAUGAUUGAAUACUCUUUGUGAAUAAAAGUAACUUUUGUUGUUACAAAGCAAAACAAUGAUUUAUACUGACAUGGAUAAAAAGAUGCCCGACAUUGUUCCGUAUAUUUGUGAUUUCACAUAGAAUGUGAAUUUUUCUCAAUGGAGAUCCACUGAAGCAUACCCAUAAGGACCAGAUGAUGAGGAAGAUAUGGCUGGGGAUAAAUGCAGUACUGUUAUGCAUUUGUACUGGAUUAAAAGACAAAAAUGAUGGUAUGAUAAGAAAUGACCAGGGUAUGUGAACUCUGAUUUGUAAUAUCAAAACUUAACUAUAAUUCUUUAGCGUGACAUGCCUUAGGUUUAAAUUGUUCACAAUAUAAUAAGUUUUUAUUUUUAUCGUUCUUUA